CUAUUGCGUUGCUCCUUCCACACAAUUGGCACUAGGUCCCAUUGACUUGUAGAAAGCUCGCUUUUAUUCGAUCAUGACACAGGAUGCUACAAGCUUUAGAAGAAAGCGGUCUGGAAAAGCGUUACUGAUGCUUGGAGUCUCGAUUUCGUGGUAUUCCCGAACGUUAUCAUCGGGAUUGGCCUUACUAGUGGAUGCUGGAUCGUCCUCACCAACAUCCUGGAAACAUUUCAGGGAAACAACGCUACGGCAUACUACAAGAAUGUAUCCAAUUGAGCUCCUCAGAGGAGGAGCCUCAACGAGCAAGAGCAACACCCAACGCAAGAAAAAACGAAAAGCGACUAUUGCUAGCACUCCAGAUUCAACCAAAGUUGCUUUAAGGAAAAAGAGAGCAAAGUCCAGCCACAGCAGUCGACCCAAAAUUGAAGAAGCGUUGAAAGAGAAGGAUUCGGCCAAAGCAUUGGGUGACGCAAUUAGAGAUCGCGCGGACGAUUGGCGGAGUGAAAGUCCCUUGUUGGAAAGCAUUGACCAAUCCGUGCGUUCCGUCGGCUGGGCCUUGGGCGCCUCGGAUCAACAGCAUAUUUUAAUCGAGCAGAAAAUUGCGUUGGCUGCUAGUUUUUUGGAAGACGACGAGGGGGGUGGUGUCGAGGCAGCGCCGACUUCGGUAGUCAUGUACUACUUUUUGAAGUCUCACGGUGGCGCCCAUGCCUUGCAGUGCGUUUGCAGCGUGCUGGCAACCGUGGCUGCACUCGGUGGAAUGGCCUUGCCAAAAGGCAGUCCGUUAGCUUUGACUUUAAUGAAGCGGUGCAUGCUAUUUGCCAUGGUCAAGCACAUAUCCGGACUCAUUGCGGCUAGCUUUCUAACCGCACGCGCGAUCCCGGAAGUGGGCUUGCGGAAAGCCCGUCUAUGGAUGGAACAGUUGGCGGCGGACCCCGUAUCACAGUACGUCUUUUACUCUGCUUGUAUUCUUCUUUGGCUACCGACCAACAUGGGAGCGACAACGGAAUGGUGGCAGGAGCACCGAAUGGUUCCCGCGCUUUUGGUAGGACCCGUCCUCUUGCGGGAGCUCGUGUCGUCUGCGUUGGUGAUAUCGGAUGUGCUGGUGUUGUGGACGUGCAGUUCAAUUGGAGACGAAGGCGCCGCAGCGACUGCCAAACGUAUCCUCGCCUUUUUCAAAAGCGCAAUUGAUGCUUUCAUGAGCCUUUUGGUAACUCCCGAGAUUUGGCGCAAAGCAGAUGCUACCAAAAAGCAAGCCAUCUUAGCCAAGCUCACUUCCAAGUUUAGUCUAGCUCUUGAGCUAGCGGUGGGCCUAUUACUGAUGGUAGACGUUUUCUGGGGUAGCAGUAGAAUGCUGUUCGCCCCGCAACGAGCACCCUUCCUUCCCUUGCUUCGUCGACUCGUAUGUACGCGAUUGUACUUACACUUUCUGUGGAGCCGACGACGAAGGGUGUCCAAACUGGCAACAAGUAUACGUGGUGGGGCUGCGCAAGUUCCCUUUUAUGUGAUGCAAGUCAUGAUGGAUCCGCGAUCGUCCAUGGGCUUGGAAAGAAGCACAAUGACCACGGCUGGGUACGAUAGCCUGGAACGAAGCUUGUCGGACUGGACCUGGAGAGACUAUGUACUCCUGGCGUUGGGGUUGGAUUAG